CUUCGUAACGUGGUUGUGUGCGGUCUUCUUCAACAGACAGACGAAGCCGGCAGUGGCUGUCACACUUGCGUGGUGACUACCGCCAAACCACCCCUUUCGAAGCACCUCUGUCAUUUCUAGCCCCUAAUCGAGGUUUAUGUAAUGGAAAAGGAAGAAUGAUAGAAGUAUGGAGAAAGCAAUUUACAAAAGAAAAUUUCCUUCUAAGCCACCCCGAUCCUCAUGUGUUUUUUAAAUCACAAUGGCAACAGACCUACGGUCCCAGUAUUAUUUAUCUUGGUUUAAGAUGGACUAUUGCUCUGUUUUUUUUAAUAGUAUGGAUUUUGUCCAUUAUUUUCAGUCAAGGGAAAUGGACAAUAUACCUGACUGAUUGGGGUUUAACUGUAUGUACAUUUCAAGCACUAUUAUCGGCUAUGAUGGUAACAGUUUGGGUAAUCACCUACGCCAAUAAAGAUUUUAAUAUUGAACAGUACAAGAAGCCUCUUUAUUUGAUGCCAUACAAAAUUUAUUGGGCUGCAAACACUAUUGCUACUGACCUUGCCUUCCUGAUUUCUAUUGUCUAUUGGUCGCUGUUGUAUGACAGUAAUGAUUUGGAUACCAUGAACGUGAUGAUUCACGCAAUGAACUCCGUUCUUAUGUUACUGGAUCUGAUGGUGGUAGCGCAUCCAGUUCGUAUAGUUCAUUUUUACCUGCCAGUAUUCUUUGGCAUCGUUUACCUUGUAUUUAGCCUUAUAUAUUGGAGUGCAGGAGGAACUGAUAGAUAUGGUUGCAGUUAUAUUUACACAAUUUUAGAUUGGAAUAAACCAGGUCAAACGUCAGCUUUUUGUAUUGGAGUAUUAUUUUUUUAUUUAAUUCUCCAUUUGUUCAGUUUUGGCGUAUACAGUUUAAGAAUGUUCUUAUUCAAAAAAUUAAGAAAUGGAAAUAAAAGUCAUAACGAAAUGAUGCACUCUUCCUCUGGAAAUCAUCCGAUGCAAGAGGUUUACAUUAACCAAGGAAUGUCCAUUAAGGAAGUAGCUUAAUACUAUAUUUAUUAAUUAAUAUCUAAUGCAAUGUAGUGAGUUUUCGUACUAUCAGUGUGUUUUUUAUCUCUUUUUAAAUGUUCUAGCACGUACCUACUGUCUCUUUUUCAGUAUUGCCAUUUACAUUGUACCAAUACAAUUUUUAAAUCGUA